CCUUAACCAGUGACUCCAGGAGUAAUUGAGGAGGGGUAGAUCUGGAAUUUUAAAUAAGGCUUUUACGGUCUGAGCUCCGUCUUCUCCCCCGUUAACGAACACGAUGGUCCGCUGCUUAUUAUCGGUCCAAGGCGAUGAAGCCGCAGUCCAGGUCUCUGAUUCUCCGUGCCGCCCCUUUCUUGGCGUCCCGGACCCGCCAAAAUGCCGCGCUCCCUCGUUCUAGAUCUUCUUCAUCCUCUGCUACGCCGGAACAGCAGCCGGAGCUCAAAUCUCAGAGCGAUUCCGUUUUCAUGACUGAGAAUUGCGUCCGGAGAAUGAAGGAGUUGCAAGCCAGUGAGCCCGAUGAAAAGAUGCUUCGCUUAAGCAUCGAAGCUGGUGGCUGCUCUGGGUUUCAGUAUGAAUUCUCCCUAGAUGGCAACGCAAAUGCAGACGAUAGAAUUUUUGAGAAGGACGGGGUUAAACUUGUGGUCGAUAAUAUCUCAUUUGAUUUUAUCAAAGGUGCAACAGUUGAUUACGUAGAGGAGCUCAUCCGUUCUGCUUUUCAGGUAUCUACAAACCCAAGUGCAGUGGGUGGAUGUAGCUGUAAAAGCUCUUUUAUGGUGAAACAGUAAAUGUAUACUCUCUCUCUCUCAAUAAGGUGUGCAUCUGCCUUUAUAAACCUGCAUUUGAGUCCACAAACUUGGAUAAAAGGAGCCUUCUGAACUUCAACAGUUAGGGAUUAUAUAUGUACUCCCUCUCUCUUAGAAAAAAAGUUUUUUUUAUUCGGUUUAUUUACGAUGUUUCACUAAAACUAUUUUUUAUUGAACUUAUUUGAAAAUGAGUGUAUAUAUUAAAAAGAAAUAGAACCAUCUUUCACUUUACUAUUACUCCAAGAAGAGGAGAUGCCUUGAGCUUCUCUUUAGUGCUGCCUGAAUAGAGGCAGAAAUAGAAUCAUCUUUAUCUAAUGCAAUUGCCAAUUAGCAAUCUUUUUUACAAUUUUAUGAUUAAGUAGAGGGUUCCCUCUGAAGCAAAAUAGAUUACUGUCCUUGCAAAGCAACUGAAUAAAAAAAAGAAGGGAUGACAAUAAUUUUACUGUUUCAUAGUCCUUUGAGAAAGCCACUGGUCAAAUUAUUAGACAGGUUAAAGAAAGGGAAGGGCCCAAUCAUUGCUAAUUCUGUGUUUGGGACAUUAUUUAUGAUCUUAAUCUCCAUUUUCUACAACAUGUCAAAAAUGAGGACCACUAAUCAUCUUCUUAUUCUUCCUAAUUAUCUCCUCGAAGCCUCUUUCUUAGGAUUUUCUCUAUUCCUGGCGAUAGUUAUUAGCUGGACUCGCGAUGCUCUAGAAGAACUACAUAACCUACACAAAAGUUUGGAGAUUGCAACAAAAAAAUUAAAAUAAAUUCUCCCAUAAUAGUAAAUAAAACUCAUUAUGUAUA